AUGCCGUCUACAUUGAAGACCAUCUUCAAGUUCCUCGCGCCAGACUCCGAAAAGGGCCGAGAUGGCCGGGACGUGUGGUCGUCCAGGACGUCGUUUGUGCUUGCGGCCAUGGGAGGCGCCGUCGGCCUGGGCAAUCUCCUCCGGUAUCCGUCCGUUGUCUUCUCCAACAGCGGUGUUCAGUGGUUUAUUCCGUAUUUCUUGGCUCUGUUGCUCCUGGGAAUCCCGCUUCUGCUGCUCGAAAUCUCCAUUGGCCUGGCAUAUCGUGGAGGACCAGUCGUCGCCUACAAUGCAAUCAGCAAGCACACCCGCGGUGUUGGUUUUGCCGUCACCAUGACAGGAUACAUUGUGGCUACCUAUUAUGUUCCCAUCCUAUCGUGGGUCAUGCACUAUUUUCGCUCUUCUUUCCAGCGCCCGCUGCCCUGGACAGGUCGUGGGGACGAGUUUUACAUGCAAGACGUCGUCGCCAACGCGGCCCCUGUCCCUGGCACCGUCAGCGGCGGCACAGUUACCUCGUACACAAUGUAUCCAGGUGUUGGCUUUGUCGGCGAGACGGUUGGUUGGUGUGCCUUUGUGUGGCUGGCGGUCUAUCUCUGCUUGUUCAAAGGCGUCGGCGUGACUGGCCGCGCCGUGUACUUCACAAUGGGAUUGCCCAUCAUCGUGAUGUUUGUGCUCAUGGGCCGAUCUCUGUCGUUGCCAAACGCCAUUGACGGCGUGAGGCUGUACUUUGCAGAGUGGCAUGGCGAGAAACUAGCCAGCGGUCAGAUUUGGCAGGCCGCUUGCGGGCAAAUCUUCUUCUCCAUCGGCGUUGGUUUCGGCUACUUUACAGCCUAUGCAUCCUACAGCAGCCGCUAUUCCAACGCGGUUCAGGAUACCAUCAUCAUCUCUCUGAGCAACUCCUUGUACGAGAUAUUGGCCGGCUUUGCCGUUUUUGGGAUUGUCGGGUUCUUGGGCCUUCGACCACAAGACAACGUUCAGCUCACCACCUUUUCCGUCGGCUUUCUCACCUAUCCUCUGGCCAUUUCAGAGACGCCGGGGGCCAAUGUUUGGGCGGUUUUGUUUUUCCUGACUCUGGCGUUCCUGGGCUUGAGUUCGGCCUUUGCCCUCACCGAGUCCAUGGUCACCUUGCUCUGUGACUCUGAUCUGGGCAAGAGACUUCCUCGAGUUGUCAUUUCCACCGCCGUUAUUGUCAUUACUUUCCUGUUAUCUCUCUUGUACUGCUCCAGAUUUGGGUUUUAUCUCUUGGAUGCCAUGGAUACUUGGAUCAACAACCUUGCACUCCUGUUUGCCGCCUGGUGCGAGGGCAUGGUGUGCACCACGCUAUACAGGCACCGGGAUGUGUACAAACAGGUUGGCUGGGCGGCGUUCUUGACAUAUACAGGUUGCUAUCUGAUGGCCAUGGUGCUUGGUGUUGCGACUGGCCACUCUGUAGGCCCAAGUGCUGGGGCCGGCGUGGGAUUUGGUCUGUUCGUUGUCGGCACAGCUAUUUCCGUACUCGUCGCCAAGACUCCCGACUCUGUUCCUCCAACAUUCUGGGGGAAGAACAAGUGGCUAAGCAGGUUUUGGUGGGUUGCAUUCUAUCCGGGCAAUCAACUUACACGCGACCUCAACUCGGUCAUUGCUACCGGGAAGAAUUGGAGCAUCCCCUUCAUCUGGGCCCCCGUCGUUCGCUACAUAUCGUGUCCUAUUCUUUCCAUUAUCAUCUCUUUUGCGUAUCCGGCUUUCUUCGAGACGCGCAUGGAUCCCCUGCAUAUUUUCGCAUUCGCAGUCGCGCAUGUUACUAUGGUCAUUGUGGCGGUUGGCUUCAUCUUCCCGCCAGCAUUCGACGUAUUCAUUCCCCCCAAACGACGGGGGAAUGAGAACACAGCAUACGCCCCCCAAGUCACUAUCAUGGGGGUGAGCGACGGGAGCGCCGUCACAGAGACGGAGGAGGCAAGGGACGAAACCAAACCAAGGCUUGAGCAGCAAGGGGUUGGCGGACAGCAAGCACAGUGA